AUGUUAGGCAAAAGUUGUUUCCGAGAUAUCGGCUGUUUUUCUGCCUCUGAGUACAACGAGUCGGCGCGCUCUAUACCACUGUUGCCGAUGUCACCCGACUCUAUGAGUCCGAUGUUUCACAUGUAUACCUUAGAGCAGCGGACGAUUCCCAGGAACUAUAGCUAUAACGCCACUGCAGCCCAACUCCGGUACAGCACUUUCAACGCCUCCCUUAGAACCGCAUUCAUUGUCCACGGAUUUCAAAGCGGAUAUUCCCUGUGGUUUUGGUUAAUCGGACACAGUUUGGGCGGACAUACUAUGGGUUACGCCGGCAAACGGCUAAAGAAUCCAAGAGUAGCCCGCAUUACAGCCCUCGAUCCGGCGGGGGUCGGUUUUCACUUCAAGAACACAGCCUUACGUUUAGACCAUUCGGACGCACAGAUAGUGGAUGUGAUCCAUACGGACGCCGCCCUCUCAUACACUGAGGGCUUCGGAACGGCCGACACUUUGGGUCACUUCGACUUCUAUCCCAACGGAGGCAGUUGGCAACCGGGAUGUGCUGUAUCUGAUAGUGUGACCAACAAAUUGAGUUCAAUUACAUCGGGCGAAGACAUUACUUGUUCGCACUCCAGGGCCUGUUUAAUAAUGAAUAAC